AUGGAUAAUCGCAUUAAUGACGAUGAAAUCGUUAAUUUAUUGCUGGAUGAAUUUGCGGAGAAUAGUGGUUCAGAACUUGAUGACAAUGAUUCCGAUGAAGAUGUAACAGACGAUUUAAAUAAAACGUAUACUAAUUUAGCUCCUGUUAUACCUGAUUUUUAUAACUACCUUGAUGCUUUUGAUCCACAAAAUCUUCAACAAGGAAAUGAUGUUAUGGAAAUGGAAUAUAAUGAAGUAAUGGCUACUCCGCUUAAUGCGGAACACCCCACAACUGAUGCUCAUACAUGGGGAUUUGAAAGUGAUGAAGAAGAUGAAGAUCGUCCAAUGCAUGUGCCACCACCAACCUAUAGAUUACCUGUGAAUCACAGAAGACAAGGGACUCUCCCUAAAUGGCGAUCAAAAAAUUCAAAACCGAAACCGCAUCCAUUUACUGCCAAUCAGCAUGUUACAAACGAAGUAAGCGAAAACUCCACUGAGCUAGAGUGUUUUCAAUUAUAUUUUCCGCAAUUUAUUGUAAAACUUAUCAAAAAAGAAACAAAUAGAUAUGCAUUUUCGGUAAUUCGUUCCCUAAAAAGACGUAAUAUUUUAAAAAAAAAUUCAGUUUGGCAUAAGUGGAAGCCCUUAAAUAUUUCCGAAGUGUAUAAAUUUUUUUCCAUAAUUUUACACAUGAGUUUGGUUGAAAAACCGCACAUUAAAGAUUAUUGGUCAACUAACCCUGUAUUACAAACAACAUAUGCUUCUAAACUUAUGAAAAGGGAUAGGUUUAUAAGUAUUUUUUCUAUGUUGCAUAUCGCAAAUAACGAUAAAUAUGUUCGGAAAGGUCAGCCUGGUUAUGACAGCUUAUAUAAAAUUAGAUCAUAUGUCAAUUUUUUAAACGAUAAAAUGUCAACAUUAUAUUAUCCUGGGCAAAAUAUAACUGUUGAUGAAGGGGUGUGUCCUUUUCGCGGAAGAGUACAUUUUAGGGUGUAUAUGAAGAAUAAACCCGAAAAAUAUGGUAUGAAAUUAUACAUUGCUUCUGACCCUCUAACAGGAUACACAUUAAAUUUUGAGAUAUAUUCUGGGAAAGGACAGGAAAAUAAUUCUAUUAUACCUUUAUAUAGUCGCUUAUUAAAACAGUAUUUUGACAAAGGCCAUACCAUUUACAUGGAUAGAUUUUACACUAGUCCAAUGGUAUUGGAGUAUCUUUGGGAUAAUAAAACGAACGGUGUAGGAACGGUGAUGGCAAAUCGUAAAGGACUUCCAAAAGAUACAGUAGUUAAUGUUAAAUUAAAAAAAGGCGAAAUGGCUUUUGGUAGGAACGGCCCACAAAUUUGCAUUAAAUGGAAAGACACGAGAGAUGUUCUUGUUAUGUCAACAUGUCACUCGGCUGACAUGGCACCUGUGACUGUCAAAGCUAGGGGAGGUAAAAUACAAAAAUUUAAGCCCGUGGCCAUCAUCGAUUAUAAUAAAUAUAAAACGGGGGUGGACCACGGAGAUCAGAUGAUCACCUACUACCCCUUCAAACGUAAAACUUUAAAGUGGUGGAAAAAAAUGUUUUUUUAUUUAUUUAAAGUUAGUGUGGUCAAUAGUUUUAUAAUAUACAAGCAUUAUGCCUCACAAAAUAAAAAUCCCUGUUUGAAGACGUUUAUGCUCAAUCUCUGUCAACAAAUGGCCGAGAAAUCAGGUGAAAUAAUUGAGACUGACACGGCAUAUGAGCCAAAUAAUGUUGAUAGGCUUACUGGUAGACAUUUUAUAAAAAAAAUUGAACCUACACCAAAGAAAGCUAACCCUCGUAGAACGUGCAAAGUGUGCUCAAAAAAAAUUAAAACGGGCAAAUUAGAUCGUGGUAAAAAAGAAACAUCAUACUAUUGUCCAAUUUGUGAUGUGCCGCUUUGCAUUGACAAUUGCUUUGAAAUUUACCACACAAAAAAACAAUAUUGGUAA